UUUGUAGUGUUUGUGAUUAAAGUUAUAAAUAUCGUGUUUUCAGUGAAAUUUUUUAUAUAAUGGGUACGUAAAGGGAACUAAGCACGAUAUCCAAUAAUAAAAGGAUUUAUGCAUGUAACGGAGCCAAUCUGCCAAUGAGAUUCGAACGACAUAUGAUGUCUGCGUCGAAUAAGAAGCCUACGCUGCUGCCACUACGUAAAGGUCGGGGCAUAGUGUGCGAGUGCUCGGGCGCCAGCGCGUGUCCUGACGGCGCGCCGAACGGCACCUGCAGCACGCAGCCCGGCGGCUACUGCUUCGUGGCGGUGGAAGAGGUGCUCGAUGACAAUGGGCUGGUCGUGCUCGACAGGACCGCGGGCUGCCUGCCGCCUGAUGAGUCUGGCUUUAUGCAGUGCAAGAGCUCACAAGUGCCACACCAGCACCCGAAGGUGAUCGAGUGCUGCUCGCGCGACCUGUGCAACCGGCGGCUGCACCCCGCGCUGCCCGAGCCGCCGCCCGAGGUGACGGAGGCGCCGCGCGCGGGCGGGCCGGGCGCCGCCAGCCCCGCCGCCAAGUAUGCAAUUAGCUUUAUGAAAAUGUAUUUGACCGUCGAAGAUUUUACAUCAACGCCAUCUAGUGGCUAUUGA